AUGGUAUCGGCUUGUUUUGUUCGUUUAUGGAAUAUGAAUGUAGUGACAUUAUACUUACCGUCAAUAAUAGUUGAGCGGGCAUUUGCUUCCAAAUAUAUCAGUGACUACGAAAGGACCCUAAGGUCGUGGAUAUACAAAGUUAUAAUUCCGGUCGUCUAUAUUAUAUCUACAAUUGCUACUCUCACCGACGUGUUAGGCUGCGUCAACUCAGUAAUUCGAACGACGUGCGUUGGCUUGUUUUUUAUUACCUAUUGCUUGACGUACGUGAUCCUUUUUCGUCGAGAUCUCAGGAGACUGCAAGAUAUUAGCAGCGAUGUCCACAACAAAAAUGUUAUUUAUACUCUGAGCACAAAAUUUCAAUUGAAAGAAAAUCUCAGAGUGUUG